CUCUUUGUGAGUGCAACCAGUUAAGGAGGCCACUCUGAUACCAAGCGACAUGUCGACAUCAACAUCAACCACCGCCGCAGCUGCUUCUACACAGAUAUUUCGUUCGUUGUCAUCGGAGAGUCAGAAAAAUGAUUGGUCCAAACGACUGUCGUUGCGUGGUAUGCGACGCGGUGGCAGCGCUGGCAGCAGUAAUGCCAGUAAAGAGGAACCACCGAAACAUAAACAUAAAUUCUUUAAUCGCUCCUCCUCUUUGAAGCAUGCCACGAGCGCCUCAAAAGUCACAUUGGAGCUACAAACUCCCUCUCAGACACAAUCACCCCAUCAACAAUUAUCACAACAGAACUCAGUCGCAACGCCGAAAAAAUCGAAUUGGGAGGUGAUCGAACAUUUCAACACGAGCAGCACGAAGGGUGGCAAGGCGGUGGUGAGCAGUAGUUUAAUUGCGGCUGGCAUAACACGUUGCAACAUAGAUGAAUCAAUUGAUUCCACCAAUUCCAGCUCGACAUGUCCGAGUCCCAUGGUGUACCAACGUGAUGAAGCACAUUUGCUCCAACAAAAUUCCGAAUCGAUGGAUGGUCGUAAUACGGAAGUGGGCAGUAAUGCGAAUGGCACUGCCGGUGCAACGAGCGGUCUCAGUCCGACAAUCUCAUUUUGGUUUCGCCUGAAUCGGGUUAUUUUACGCCUCUGUACAACACAUCAAUUUAAAAAUCUACAGGUGGAAAUGCUUUAUCAGCGUUAUUUUCUGCGCAUGAAUCAGAGCAAUACGACACAUAUCCUGGCGUUGCUGCUGGCGUUGAUAGUGGCGUUGUCGAGUGCGCAAAUCGUAUUCACCACAUUGCAGAUUCGACGCAACUUUGCCGCAACGAACGAGACGACGGUGGCGACAGUGGCGUCGACGACUAGCAACAAUGUGGCUAAUGGCCUGAGCAGAGAAAGUGUCGGCCACAAUGCUGAUGGCUCUGGUGGUGGCAGUGGCAGCCCGAGAGCGGCAACCUCAAUUUUAACAUUAACGGAAAUGGGCAAUCAACAAGCGCAACUUUUAAGCCGGCAACAACAACAAACAAACCCAACUGCUGCCGCCGCCUUGCCAAGCAGUUCUACACCGCGGCAGGUGGUAGGACAUAUUAUUGUUGGUGAUGUUUUCGAUGGCGCAGGUACGACAGUGCGCAUUAGCGCACAACAGUUUGUGGCAAGUGCGGCAUUCAAGCAAACACCAACACUGUCGCCCACAUUGGCUCCCGUUACACCAACGACGCCACGUACCAUUACCACGCUGACACCGCCGAUAACCACGAAGUCAUCAACUUACCUCCCGUACGCUGCGCAAGAUUGGCGUGACCCACAGAUAUACAGCGCUCCACUGGCGCUACCAGUGCACGGUGCUGGCGACGUACGCGUUACUAACUCGAAACUGAAUGGCGGUCGGCAGGGCGCCGAAGUUCAAAUGUUGGCGCCAGCGGCUUUUAGGCGUCUUAAGCGUAAAUACUAUCAUCACAGUCAUUGGCCGAAGUUGCAUCGCUUCAAGCGUUCGAGAUUGAAAUCGUUAAAGUACAACGAAAGCAACAAUAACAAAUUUCUUCGAGGAUACGCUAUGGAGAAAUGGCCAGCACACUACGUGCAUACGAGGAACGAUGUUGAGAGACAAGUAACGGUGAAAAGAGUGCGAAUUGUGCGUAGUAAACGAAAUCACGGUAAAGCUGAGCACACGCCGUCAUGGAAUGUGAUAAAUAAUUCAGACAAACAAGACGCAACAGAGCGGCAUAACAGCUAUGGACAGUUGGUGCGGCGAGACGGGGAGGUGAAGCCGUUAACUCUGUCCACUAAAUCCAACCAACGAUUCGCAAACAGUAGAACUCAAGCGAUAAACGAAGCAGAGGCAGAUGCUCAGGCUACAACAGGAGCGGAAGUCACAAUGAAAGAUGGUGAAGAUUCGCUUGAAGUUGUUGGGGAAAAUAAUGAAAGGAUUUACGAAUGGUAUGAGAACAGAAAAAACAAAAGUGGUAACAAAAACAAUAACUAUAACAAUUACAAACACCAUAUGGCACGUAUUGUUGAUGAAGUGGAAUAUAACGUGCUCAGCAAGGGAAGUGUGACAAGAGCGCCAAAAACAAAAAUGCCGAUAAGGCAGCAAACCUCUUUCGCCGCCGCCGCAGCCGCUGCCGCCCUCGCUGUCUCCACAAGCAGAGAUGAGCUUAAACCAAAGGGCAAUGCAACAAAUGCAACAAAUACAAUGGCGUUGACAACAAGUACACCAACAACAAUAAACACACUCCUAUUCACCAUUAGUGCGGCCAACAAACGUUCAGCAAAUCUACUCGCCACGAAAGCCUCAUUAGAGCAACAGCAAGUUGAGUCAUCGGCAGCACUGCCCGGUGAAGUGGAAGACAUCACUGCUGCGCCCGGCUAUGUCGCCUUUCCACCCACCGUGCGUCUGCUCCUACAAGUUUUGUCAGCAAUUGAUGAGCGUGUCCUCGUCUUCCUUGCGGUGAUGACCAUAUGUGUGCUGGUGUAUGCAUCACUUCUAUGCAUACUCUCCAAACCGGCUAUGAAUGAAAUAUUCCUGGUACUUGUGUCUUAUGUAAUUGUGGGCACAUUUGUUGCCAUCGAAAUUGCCGUGGGUUAUGCCAUGUUGCCCAGCAAAUCCUACAAUGGCAGCUCCUGUUGUGUUGUUUUCAUCUACAUGACAUACACCAUGCUGCCGCUGCGGCUACGUGAGGCACUCAUCGGUGGUAUAGUGUUGUCCUGCAUGCAUAUCUACACGAGUUUACGGUACACCGAAGCGACAAUACAUUGGCAGGAGUUGUUCUGCAGCCUUUUAGCAUUAUUUCUCUCCAAUUUGACGGGCAUUUACACACAUUGGCCGAAGGAGAAGGCGCAACGGAAAGCGUUUAUCGAGACAAGGCAAUGUAUUGAGGCGCGUUUACGCACACAGCGUGAGAAUCAGCAACAGGAACGUUUGCUGUUGUCGGUGCUGCCGCGUCACGUUGCCAUGGAAAUGAAGGACGACAUUGCAGGGCAGCCACGUGAUACGCAAUUUCACAAAAUCUAUAUACAACGACACGAGAAUGUCAGCAUACUUUUUGCGGAUAUCUGCGGCUUCACCAGCCUCUCUGACCAAUGUACUGCUGAGGAGUUGGUUCGAUUGCUUAAUGAAUUAUUUGCCAGAUUUGAUCGAUUGGCUGCUGAGCAUCAUUGUCUGCGUAUUAAACUUUUGGGCGAUUGCUAUUAUUGUGUAUCCGGCUUGCCAGAGCCGCGACCGGAUCAUGCACACUGUGCCGUUGAAAUGGGCUUGGACAUGAUUGAUGCCAUAGCUCUUGUUCGUGAAGUGAUGGCUGUCAAUGUAAAUAUGCGUGUUGGCAUACACACCGGACGUGUACAUUGUGGUGUACUCGGUUUGGUCAAGUGGCAAUUUGAUGUGUGGUCGAAUGAUGUGACACUGGCCAACCACAUGGAAAGUGGCGGUAUACCAGGGCGUGUGCACAUCACCAAGGAGACGCUCAAGUGUUUGGAUGGUGAUUACGAAGUGGAGGUGGGCAAAGGCGCUGAGCGCAACUCGUACCUGAAGGAUCAUCAAAUCGAAACUUAUCUCAUAGUGCCAGGUGAUAUUUAUCGGCCGCACAAGAAAUCACGCAACAGACUGCAGGUGAAUGGCAAUAUUUCCAAGGAACUGCGAAUGAUGGGGCAUGGCAGUGCACAAAAGAAUACCUCAAAAUUUGGAUUUGGCGAUAGCUCGGAGGGUGCUAAGGAUCCCGAGGAUGAAGUGAAUGAGUACUUGAUGCGUGCCAUUGAUGCGCGUAGCAUUGACCAUUUGCGUGCUGAGCAUUGUCAGUCGCUGUUUUUGUCCUUCAAGGACCAAGCGCUUGAGAAGAAGUAUGGCUCGGAACCUGAUCGCAUGCUGGGCGUUUAUUUCUACUGCAGUUUUAUUGUACUGGUUGCAACAACAAUAAUGAGAUUUUCCGUAUUUCAAACAAAUUUGCUCACAGUCACCACUUCCUGUGCGACAAUUGCCAUUGUUCUGCUAAUUUCGUUGCUUGUCGCCGCUCAUGUGAUCAAUAUCAAACUACCGAUUGGCGUCAAACGAUUCUCCUCACGAAUUCAUAGCAAUCGUUUGCUGGCGCAGUGCUUUGCCUUUUUAACCGUUACACUGAUUGCUCUCACCACCGUAUUGGCAAUGGCUUAUGAAAUCUUCUUUAACGUCUAUAAUGUGCAUUUUGACAGUCAAGAAAACAUACCUGAAUCUAUCGAUGAGUUUUCAGCAAAAACAAUAACAAAUGAAAUUAGAGAUUUAGAACACGAUUUUGUGGCAAUGGAGCCGUCAACUGGUGGUGUUGCAUUUAGUUGCGAUUAUUUCUUAGCGAUCAAUACCUUCCUGUUGCUGACGCUGCUCUCCAUGAUGACGUGUGCCACUUAUCAGGUGUUACGGAUUGUAUUGAAACUGUUGUUGUUAUUAUUUGUUGCCACAUUCUAUACAGGUUUCUCGUUGUAUUUAUAUAUGCGUAAGGAUGUGCGCUUCAUACUGGACGCGGAGGAGGCUCUGCUGCGCUAUAUAAUUGAUUCGAUUUUCUUAUUUGCCUUUAUGUUGGCGUUGAUUUUUCACAGUCAUCAGACAGAGGCCACUUAUCGUCUCGAUUUCAUUUGGAAAUUGCAAGCCACAGAGGAGAAAGAGGAUAUGGAGCAUUUACAAGCGUACAAUCGCAAGUUGCUGGAGAAUAUUUUGCCUGUUCAUGUUGCGGAACAUUUCCUUAGUCGGGAUAAAAAUAUUGAUGAUCUCUAUCACGAGCAAUGUGAUAGUGUGUGUAUUUUGUUUGCGUCGAUACCGAACUUUUCGGAAUUCUACGUUGAACUCGAGGGCAAUAAUGAAGGUGUAGAAUGUUUACGCUUACUCAACGAGAUUAUCGCCGAUUUUGAUGAAUUGCUAAGCGAGGAGCGAUUUCGAUACAUUGAGAAGAUCAAGAGUACUGGCGCUACAUACAUGGCAGCUUCCGGUUUGACAGCGCAUACCUGCGAUCAAGUUAAUUUCGCUCACGUCACAGCGAUGGCGGAGUAUGCACUGCAGUUAUUUGAUAAAAUCGAAGAAGUCAAUAUGCAUUCGUUUAACAAUUUUCGCUUGAGAAUAGGCAUCAAUAUCGGUCCAGUGGUAGCUGGUGUCAUUGGCGCACGAAAACCUCAAUAUGACAUCUGGGGUAAUGCGGUUAAUGUCGCUUCGCGUAUGGACUCCACAGGGCUGCCAGAUCACAUACAGGUGACACAAGAAAUAUAUCAAAUUCUGGUCGGACGUGGAUUUGAGCUCACCUGUCGUGGUAGCGUUAAUGUAAAGGGUAAAGGCUCCAUGAUUACGUAUUUCCUCAAAGGAAAAGUAGCACUUAAGCCAGAUGUGAUGGCGAAUAAUUUGAACACGGUACGCGAAGCGCCAACUGAGAAUGCAGAGACCUUGACGGAGAGCAACAAAAAUACUGAGAGUUGUCCGCUAGUUAUGCCGCCCAUUACGGAGAAGCUCAAAUUAGCUGAGAUAGAAACUGUUGAUAAACAGCAAGAGCAAGAGUCGACAGCCCACGAGGUUACAGAAGCAUUAGCAGCAGCAACACCACCCACCAUACUACAAGGUGAGCCGAAAAAAGUAAGCACUGAUUCUGACGACGAUCUCUCACCCGACGCGGAGUUGAACGCCUAUAUACAGAGUGCCACGGCGCAGCGACGUAAGUCACUCUGUCGUCAGCACAACAUAUCAUCUUCCUUCGGCACCACAACCAGUUCAACGUCUGCACUCACACCCACCAUAUCGAGCAGUUCUAGUGUGGUUACGAUAGCCGUUAUGCCAGCGAUAGCCAAAGCGACAUCUUCAUCGAUGGAUAACUCUAUGGAGGGCACUUUGGGCGGUGGUGAUGGUUCUCUGAAUACCACGACCUCUGCAAACUCUUCCAACGGCCGCAGCAACAGUCAGCCCCGCACUUACGUGGACGAACUGAAGGAGGAAUUCAGAGAUGAAAGCGAAAAACUACCGCCACCACCGCUCAAAGACUCCAUUGAAAAUCUACAAAUUUUAUUGAAAAAUAAUAUAAGUCUCUCGGAUCUCAGCAAUAAGCAACAAUUGAAUCUCAGACCGAAUGAUGCGAAAUUGCAGCAACUGAAGAAGGAGACGAUUGUUACAUUCCGCACCGAGAAAUUGGCUUGCCGACAACGCAAUUCGAUUACAACGAUCGCAACGACAACGCAAUUGGGCAGCUUUGAUGAAUGCGGCAACUCUGUUUCGACAACAGCAACACUAAGAGCGGCUAUAGCAGCAACUGAUGCGCACCACAAAGCGCCUUGGACGAAUGGUAGCAGUGGCGGCGGCGAAGACAUCGAUACGGUUAAGUCAACAGUCUUACAAAAUGGCUUGCCGCAGCGUCCUCAAGAUUGGUCAACUGCCAACCAACGUCAGCGUAUCGAUACAAAGCGUAGUCCCAUUCGGAGCUCGCAAUCGAUGAGCCCCAUCGGUUUGACCGGCAGUGAGGUGUUUGUGCUGCCCAACAGUCGCAGUAUGAUCGUCUUCAGCAGCAGUGGCAGCAGCAGCAGCGGCAGCGGCGGCAGUUCGAGUAGCGAGAGCAGCGACACAGCGGCUGAGAGCACGAUCGCCUAUAUGCUGCAGGAUGUGAGCACUUGAAACUGAGGAAGUGUUGGAGAAAUGCAAAAAUUGUAAGUUUCUCACUUUUAUUAUUGUAAAUCCAAUAUUGUAAAUGUAUUGUAUGUAUUUGUAUGAAACUAUGUACAGAAGAGGCUUAAGUACUACUUAUAAGUAGGUAUGUAAGUAUGUAAGUAUGUAUGUAGUCUUAGCGAAUGUGUAUAUAAAUUGAACAAACGAAUCAAAUUGCAAAGGGAAAGUGCAGGUAAAUUAGUUAAUAAAUAGAAAUUUAAUGUUGCAUAUAUGUAUAUAUGUAGAUAAAGCCAUAUUCCAAUAUUUAUAUAGACUUUUAGUACACCCUGAUAAGGGUAGACCGACUUACUUCCUAUGCUGUCUCUACUUAUCCGAAAAGUCAAAAAAUAUUAUGGACAUGGAUACAUGGAUUAACUGAACCGACACUGUCUUGAUGAACGCCUUCCCAUCUUUGGGUUCAGUUUCAAGUCUUAUGAUAAACUACGACUUGUCGCUGAGCUUGACUUGCCGGAUGCUGAGGUUUUUCAUAAAAGUAAAAGAUUUUGAUCUGAUCUACCCAGAGGAGAGCUGUCUCUAAAUACCUGCUUUCAGCUCAUUCUACUUUCGCCUUCUUUUGAACACCGUAAUACCACGCCCACUUUUGCAGAAGUUGACUGUCACUUCUGCAAUCGGCUCACAACUUCUUUUCCACAACAAACAUGACUUGGCAUCAUCACCACAUCAUCAAGUGUAUAAAUACUCAAAGCACUUCCAGCACUCAAUUUCAUUGAUCUUCCCGAGCCUACUUGGUCUAGAAGGGUCUCUCAACCGUUCAUGUGAAAAUCCCAUCAGUUCAAGAGCGGAACGCUUUCCCGGUCACAGAAAACUCUUUCAACCUCUUCGAGGAAAUAAAUGCUCCUCAUCAAAUUCCAUCUGCCAUUCUGAGCUACACACCGCAAAUUAGAGAGGAGGAGAGCUUGGUCAAAAACAGCAUCAGCAAUUGCAGAACGCUAAUAUGAGUUAAGUAAGACCAAUUUAAGUCUCAAAGAUAUCGUCUCAUCUCCACAUCAGACAUCUUAUGACAGAGAUCGAGACACUUAGCCUAGUCGGCCUUCGAAGCGCUGUUAAAUGGCUUGUUGCUUAUCCAUAGCCUGAGCAGCGAUUCGAGGUUUCAGUGGAUUUACAUUCAGUACGAGCGAGUUCAAAAACGUCAAAAUACUUUGUGAUGAUGCCGUUGCGCAACCGUAUACCAAUACAGAUGGAUAUAAGCCCAUAAAUUCGGAAUAUCGAAAUAAUAAAACUAAACUUAUUUCCUUUCUGAUAUAUUUUAAUGCCUCCGGACAGGUUUUUUCCGCAUUUACUACUCUAGAAGAGACGAAAUUAAACAUUUUUAUAUCACAAUUAAAC